GAUAUGUGCACUGAUACACUGCCAACACAGGACGUCUUCAUCUUUGCUUUUCGUCAAGAAUUUUUCAUCAGGCCACGUUGCGAAGGACUCCCGAGGUAAAUCGUCGAUUCCGAAGGUGUCCGCGGAAAAUAAUUACUUCAGGUAGAUCUAUAUUAUAAUAGGCACUAAUUGGCACACACUGGUGUAGGUGCAAUUUGAAGCAGACGUCACUCUAUGCUCGUUUUCUAUCACUCACUAUAGGCGAAUCACGUAGUUUUGUUAAAUUCAAUAUUUGGGCUACCGUACCGCAACACGACGUUUGCAGUGCUGUACUGUACCCCCUUUCAACGCCUGUUGACUCUACUACUUGACUGCCGUCUGGUGCGAGGCGACCGAAACUGAUAUUUUGUAAACAACAUGGUCUCCAACCAAGCGUAUGAUACCUCGAGCGUUCUGGAACCGGCCCUAUUCACUGAUGUAUCUUCGGCAAAAGAAGCGUUCUUGAAGAGUUCUUGGAAAUUAUCUGGGAAUGGCAACAGGGAAACAAAGUUCGACUUUUAUUUCAAUGUUCGGUUUUGCACUUACUCGGAGAAACGUGUUGCCGGCGAGGCCGCCAUGGGUGGAAGAAAGGGCGUUCUACUGCCACUGAAGCUGAAAUACCGAGAUGUCAGUGUUAUCUUGCAGUACUACACUGCCACUGCAAAACAGGUCGACGUCAACCAAGCUCUGUGCACUGGAAAUGCACAAAAGGAAAGCAUUACAUUGCGUCCUCUGUUUACGGAUCGCUGCAUCAAUGGCGCUGUUUACGAAUUCUUGCUGCGGUGUUUUCUUCGUGCAUGUCUUACGAAAGAGAGGACGUUUCCGGUGGGAAGUGAGACCAUAGGCAUGUCAAUAAUUUUCAAGUUGAAGGGUUUUAACGACGGUCAGCAGCAGGCUGCAACUGCAUUUUGCAGCACAACGCAAUGGUUCCAAAUAAACCUUCCACGAAAUGGCUGCCUGACAUCCAAUGCCUACGUUCCUACAAAUAAUGCCCUGACCUGCCAUAAAAACAGAGUUUCUUCAACACCAAAGUACGUCGACCAUGACCGCUUCCGAAGGACAAAAGAAAAAGUUCAUGUUGCGCCUCCACCAUUUUUGCUCAUCCAGUCGAAAGACAAAUUCAUGUUCGUGUUUCAAACUUCAGAAGCUUCUGAGCUUCAUGUUGUUCCUUCGUUUCCAAAAGUAUCGGCUGUGGAGAUAUCGUUCAGCUGCCACAGAUCUUGGAAAACUUACAACAUUGCGCUCUCUGCCCCUUCUCAAAAUCUUGCAUUUUUGGAUGUCAUCAAAAGUGUUGUUGUUCGGACGUCUCUGUUCCUGUUCAUUUACAAAAAAGAAUCAUGCUAUGGGCAUUGGAAGUAUGUUGCCAUUGGAUCAACACUGGAUCAUCUGCAGAACAUCGAGAUGGAACCUGCAAGCUGCAGCUGCUACUCCAUGGGUGUACAGCGUAUACAAUUCACUAUGGAUAAUCAGCACCCUUUGACUUCUGCCACGAAAGAAGAAACAAAAAUGAGUGAACGUCUAGAAGGAGCUUCUGAUCAGGAGUUCUACUGUAGUCUGCAGCUGAACGCAAAUGACUGCUGUCGUGCAGUCAUUCUCAAUGAGACAGAAGAGGUUACAUCAGCCGCUGCUCCAAAAAUUCUCACCUCCUCAAGUGCCAAAGUGGAAAAGGAGGAUUCCCCCAAAGAAUCCGCAAGUUCUGCCUCUCAUCGUGUGAAUUCUUAUUUGAAGACCCCACGACAGUUCAGAUCUUUAUCAGAGUCAAGUGCUGAUCAGGAGCCAGUAAUAGUCCGAAGAGGCAUCCUCAAGAAUUCAGAUUGGCGACGCACCGUGUCAGAAUCAAGUGAUGAUGUCGCAUAUGGUUCUUCACUUGACUCGGAAGCAAUGUUUCCUGCUGUCUCCUUGGAGUCCAUUCAGCGUAAAAAGACUGUCAGCUUCAAUGACCACAUUAGUCAAAUGUUUUACAGGGCAAACUCUAGCAUCUUGGGACGACGUCGGAAAAACCAGAAGAAGGCUGCCAACAAGAAGCGAGCAGCUGCACGCAUUGCUUCAUGUCAUUCUGAGUCAACAGAUACAUCGGGUGCUAGCAGCGGUAGCGAAGCGAGCUUGGAAGAUCUCACAGGUGGCCCUAAUUCAAGCUUGCCAGAAGCAAAGCUGGCUGAGACCAUCAUUGCAUAAUCAGUUCUGAAUGUUCUGAAAAUUUCAGGUCAUUCUAGUGCAUUCAUAUAACUGCAUUUCCUUAAUCCAGUUCAUAUGAUGACGUCCUUUGAGGAAUAUGGCAUGAAUAAUCCAGCUUUCCUGCUUGUGGCUAGGGACCCUAGGUGUGGAAGACUUAGUGCUGAUCAUUUAUUCUGGCAGACUGCGUUACCGGUGUUGGUUUCUCCUCUGUCUGACGGUUAUGUUAACUUGCAUUAGUUUUCCUUUUCUCUAUCUCUGGCUCUGAUACUAUAUUAUUUGUGUUAGAAUUUUUUGGGAGUGUUUGUUGGCAAAAAUUUGAAGGUUAUUUGUUUUAAAGUCUCGUGAGAUGUUAAUGUAAUGGAUGUGCUUUACUUUGGAAAUCGAGAUGGAAUCUGCAGUUUACAAGGUAAAUAAUGAGUGUGCCCACACUAAAGGUGAAGAAUGCAAGAUACAUUCUAACUGUACACAAACACUGCCAAGAACGUAUAGAGGUAAAAGGGGCACUAAGCAGUAUAAAGUUCUGUUUACAUAAGCAUGUGGCACUCAUUCCACACAUUUGAUUACUUGCAACAUUAAAAAUGUGUGCAGUAAAAUUGAUGGCAAAAAUCAGCAGCACUUGAGGUUUUUUGUUGACCAUUUUUUGAAGAUAAGGAAUCCAAGGAUAUAGUAUCCUGAACGUUGAAGCCAUCGUUACCUACCACCCAACAGUGGCCUUCUGAAGAGUGCUUAACCCCCACGAUGGUUUAAAACUGUCAGUUCUCAUGUUUUUAUUUUGAUAGUUUUGUUUCUUUUGCACAAGCUCAUGUUUGACUUGGACCUGGAUGCUUGCCCUCUUCUACUGUGAUAAAUCAUAGUACAAAAUUUCAGUAUUUAGCAGUUGUUAGGGUGGCAUCAUCGAAAUAAAUAUAACAUUUAUCAGCAAAGCAAUGUGUUCCGAGCCAUCUCAAAUAAGGCAUUAUGACUACCUUUAGCACAUGGGUGGCAUUUUGUUAAAGGGAGCAAACACAUGUGAUAUCGGAAGGCACGGAAUAAGGUCAUUAAUAAAUGUUUUCUAAAAAGA